AUGGCGACUGCCCAGCGAAGAAGUGCAGAUACUUCACCUUAUCAAAGGUUGGAAAAAGAAGCCGAGUGCCCAUUGUGUCACCAAACAGUAGAGGAACCCAAACGGCUACCUUGUAACCACUCAUUCUGCCUAAAAUGUCUCAACAGACAAGCAGUGGAUGCAACAGUUGACGGGAGAUCAGACAUCAACUGCGUUGCUUGUCGAUCGUUUGUCAGGAUUCCCGGCAAAGGUACAUUUGACGAACUUCCAACUCCUUUCUACCUCAACAGACUAGCAGAAGUUGUUUCCGUUGCAGCCUCCGAUUCUUGCGAGAAAACUUGCUGGAUGUGCAACCAGAGCAAAACCUUGCGUUGCUACUGUUUUGAGUGCCAGAAAUUUAUGUGUGAAUCUUGUGAAAACAAUCGUAAGUGUGGAACUUUAGCCCAAUCUCAUCGUACCGUCCUGAUCCAGGAUCUCACAGAACAAGAUUUUGAAAGAAUCAUCCGAAGACCUGUCAUGUGUAAAACGGAAAAACAUGAGAAACUAGUUGUAGAAUUUUAUUGUCACGACUGCAAAGUUUGUAUUUGUAAACUAUGCGUGAUUGAAUUUCACAAUAUUCAUGAUGUCGAAGGCAUCGAGCAAGCCUCAGAGAAAAGCAAAGUGAACGUGAUGGAUUCUGUUAAGAAGCUCAAGAAUGUAUUGAGUGAUUGUGAAACAGAGAUUGAGAGACGUAAAAAGGGUGCUCUUAGAAUGGAACGUAACAUAAAGGCAGUUGAAGAGGAGGUUCACAAGAACGUUGAAGAACUUAUCAUGAAACUGAGGUUAUAUGAACAGGAAGCUCUCGCAACAUUACAAAACCUGGGAAAUAAAAAUCAAAGUGCCUUUAAAGAGCAACAAGAAAAAAAUGAAUCACGAUUAGCAAUGUUGAAAGAUUUUCUUUCCUAUGGGGAAACGGUGUUGCAAAGUGAUUUGCCCCUUCCAGUUCUGGAUGAGCACUUCACCUUUGUAGAACAGUUUGGACAGACUUUACAGGUUGAAGAUGAGGAUAGUUUUGAACCACUUCAUGUUGAUUAUGUCCCAAAUGAGGAAUUCAAAGAAGUAUUGAAGGCUAGUUUAGGUAACAUUGUUGUUCGUUCCACAGACAUGACAAGAUCUAUGCUUCAGGGAAGCUUCUCAAAGACAGUGAUGAAAGGGGAGGAGACUUGCUUCACAAUCAUUACAAAAGAUCAAGAUGGAGAGAGUAUCUAUUGUGAAGAUGAUUUGGUUGUUGUCAACAUUUCAACCUCUACAGAGGAAGAGUUAUAUAAAGAAAUAGAAGACAAUCAAAAUGGUAGUUACAAAGUGACCUGCAUCCCACAAAGUAGUGGCAAGCACAAGGUAUCCGUGGAGAUUAAUGGUGAACCACUGGCUGGGAGUCCGUGGACAUUUGAUGUAAUCUCACCUGGUGAUCUCACUUGAGUUAUAUUUUUUCCUUUAUAACAAUAAGAAAAUGUCUAUGAGGCAUCAUUGUACAUUUGCUUAACUAUGGAAGGUACCUAUAGUUGAAAUACAAUGUGUAUAGUGGAAAAACAAGGUUCUGCUUAAUUGACUAUGCUUGAGGUUCCACAUUUUUAAUAAACAAAAUAUAGAAAUUUAUUGCAUGGCAAGGUAUUCCUAAAGUAAAUCCAAGUAUUCUGACCUGGUCUGUAUUUUGCUAUACAGCCCAUUUCCAUGGAAACAGUCAUAAGGCAUGGUACUUCUGGUCAUAAAAGCUGGAAAAUUUAAAUCAAACAAGUUUGGUCUGAGUGCCAUAUAAUAAACUACUUACUAAACUCGCUUGAUGCAAACUGGGGAAUAUUGAAUCUUGUUCAUUUUCAUGUGUACCCUAGUGCACUUGAUACUGCCAUGACCUUGAGCCAAUAUUCCCCAGAAUGGCCCCAGCACUUGGCAAGUAAGAAAUUAACAUAGAUAGAUAGACUUGAGUCUAGUUCUUUCUGUAGAAUAAGAAAUGAAUCACUGAAAUACUCCAAAACAUUUGAGUCAUAAUAUUUUCAAAAGAAUUAUCAGGCAUUUGUAUAGUACUGUUACCUGUAAACAGGCAUUUUCAUAUCAAAAUGUAGUCUCAAUUAGUUAGCUAUUAAUACGAGACAGAAAAAAAAUAGUAUUACAUUAAGUUGGAAUAAGUCCCAAAA